UCAAACUUUUCUUCAGUUCUUUGGUCAACACUCGCAUUGUGCACAUAAGCCAUUUGUCUCCUUCUCUCUCUCUCGAUCUCGAAUCUUCUUCGAUUAUUCCAAAGCCAUUUUUAACUGCUCACAUAAACCCCAUACACCCUGCAGAAACCCCAUAUAAUAUUUUGCCACUUUGACACUAUAAGCUCCGUAAAAUACUAUUUAGUGUGGAGAAGAUUAAUUCUUGCCCCGGUGUUCGUAAUGCAAUUCUUUUGCAGCUGCUUAAUUUAGAGGAAAAUCUAGUUGUUUUCACAUUGGAUUGAAGGGCACUUCGAAUAAUGGAUGAAGUAGAAGAGGAGCUGCAGCAGCAGAAUUCAUCAGUAGAUCAGGUUGGUACUGACGAAAUCAUCACUGAAGGCGCUUCAGUUGUUCAUGGAGAACUUCCACAGGAUGAUACUGGGCCACCAAAAGUUGAUUCAGAAGUGGAAGUCCUCCAUGAAAAAGUAACCAAGCAAAUCAUUAAAGAAGGUCAUGGUCAGAAGCCAACGAAAUACGCAACAUGCUUCUUGCAUUACAGGGCGUGGACUGAAAGCACCCAGCACAAGUUUGAAGAUACAUGGCAUGAACAACAACCUCUUGAGCUGGUUAUAGGAAAAGAGAAAAAGGAGAUGACUGGCCUAGCUAUUGGCGUUAACAGCAUGAAAUCCGGUGAGCGUGCUCUAUUGCAUGUUGGCUGGGAACUGGCCUAUGGAAAAGAAGGAAGCUUCUCUUUCCCUAAUGUCCCACCUACAGCUGAUGUUUUAUACGAAGUCGAGUUGAUUGGCUUCGAUGAGACCGGAGAAGGGAAAGCACGAGGUGACAUGACAGUUGAGGAGAGGAUUGGGGCAGCAGAUAGAAGAAAGAUGGAUGGAAAUGCUUUAUUCAAGGAGGAGAAACUUGAGGAGGCUAUGCAACAGUAUGAAAUGGCCAUAGCAUAUAUGGGAGAUGACUUCAUGUUUCAGCUGUUUGGUAAGUUCCGGGACAUGGCUUUAGCAGUAAAGAAUCCCUGCCAUCUGAACACAGCAGCCUGUCUGCUGAAGCUCCAGCGGUAUGAUGAAGCCAUUGCUCAAUGUAGCAUUGUCCUAGCGGAAGAUGAGAACAAUGUUAAAGCAUUGUUUAGACGUGGAAAGGCUAGAGCUAUACUUGGUCAGACCGAUGCAGCUCGUGAAGACUUUCUUAAAGCACGUAAGUUUGCCCCGCAAGACAAAGCCAUUGCUAGAGAAUUGCAAUUAAUUGCAGAACAUGAGAAGGCUGUCUAUCAAAAACAAAAGGAACUUUACAAAGGACUAUUUGGACCAAGACCAGAGCCUAAACCAAAGUCGAAAAAUUGGCUGAUUGUCAUUUGGCAAUGGCUGUUGUCGCUCUUCUAUCUGCUUUUCAGGCGUAAGACGCCCAAGGAUGACUAACUGAAUUUGGAGAAAUAUUAUCGUUGAAUGCCAAAUUUGAGAAACUACUUCCCACCUUUUUUUCUCCAGCAACACACUUCUUGUGCUCUAAGAAGGUUUUUCCUUGACCUUGUUAAAAGAAAAUUUCUAACCAAAAACUUAAGAAAUUUGAAGUUCUGGUUUUGUAAUUUUAUUAGUAAGACAAACUUCUUGCUAAUUAUUUUCUCAUUCUGAUUUCAAGUGUUUGCUAAUGGUAGAUGUAUUUGGAUAUUGCAAUU